UAGUCAGCUACGUGUUCUAUUUGUUUCGUGAAAUAAGAGCUGGAAGAGGCUAGGCUACCAGGUGAGGGGAUAGCUCAAGGUGAGCUCCCGCCUACUUGUCCAAAUCAUAUAAGUUACAUCAAGCAGUCAGACAGGUCACAGCAGCACUAUGGCUGACUCACAGUGUAUGUGCCUGAAAGAUGAUCACGUUAAUAAGAAGAUUACAGAGAAUAUGCCCGAAUUCUACUACAGCGAGAACCAAAGGGAGGCCUUGGAGGUUCUAGUCAACAAUGGAGUCCAGUCUUAUAGACAGUAUAUCAAGGAAAAUAAGUUAACAGAUUUCCUUUCCACCAAGGAGCUGACAGGCCUGAAAAGUGACUUUAAGAAAUAUGAAACUGAGAGUCCAAACAAAUCUAAACUACAGCCAACCAAGCAGGACAAGGAGAAAAAGGAGUCCCUACAAUACUGGCCCACUCUGUCUGACACGGAGGUUCCUCCACUGGACCUGGGCUGGCCAGAGAAUGGCUUCUACAGAGGACUCAGUCAGGUGCUAGUGUACACCCACCCUCCUAAGGAGAAAGCCCCGACUAUCAAGGCUUUUGUUAGGAACCUAAUACAGUCAGCAAAGAAGGUGAUUGCUAUUGUAAUGGAUUAUUUCACUGACCGGGAGGUGUUCAGAGAUGUUCUGGAUGCAGCUGACAAAAGGAGAGUUCCAGUUUACAUUAUUCUGGGAGAAUGUGGAGUUAAAUAUUUCCUUGAAAUGUGCGAGUUGAUGCAGCUGUCUGGAUCGAUGCUUCGGAACCUUCGUGUCAGGUAUGUCACAGGUGUAGGAUUCUACCUGCCUUCUGGGAAGGUCAGCGGCUCAAUCUCACACAAAUAUCUUAUGGUGGAUGGAGAUAAAGUUGCUUUUGGUUCCUUCAGGUUUACCUGGUCAUCAUUAAGAGUUGAUCGCAACAUUAUGACAUUCUUGUCUGGACAAUACACUGAGCCUUUCGACAUUGAAUUUCGUGAACUCUAUGCAAUAUCAGAGGAAGUGAAUCUUUACAAAGAGCUUUCCUUACCUGAUGUGCGACCUAGUCCCAUGGUGGGUACCAGGCCACGUUCAUCUACUGUGGCUCGUAAGCUUAUAAAUCCCAAAUAUUCAUUGGUGGUGGGAAGGAGUCUCGCUCCAGGUGAAAUGUUAAGAUUUGGCACUCCAAAUCCACCAACUACUGGAGAUAAGGGGGAAACUGAAGGAGAUAAAAGACUGGAAAAAUACCUACAGGACCUAAUUAAUAUUGAGCAAGAAUUACCAGAAAUUGUAAAUUUAAGCAGCCUUCCAAAAGUGGCUGCUAGAAAAAAUAAAGAAACAGGAAAAGAUACUGAAGAGAGUCAAACAAAUAAAUCUCCUAAGAAAUCAAGAUUUAGCUUUUACAAACGGAAAUCUAGUGCUCAAGAGAAGGAAGUGGAAGAAGGCUUUGUUAUAGUGAACAAGCCAACACAGACUUCAAAUCAAAAAAACAGCUUUAGCAGCCAUCAAGAUCUGAGAGCUUCAGGUAUCACCAGUCCUGUUUCAACCGGGAGUGAGAAGAUCAAAAAAAACAAGUGUGGUGUGUCCUAAAAGAAGGAAGCUCCUAAAAUAAUGUACAGAACUUUAGAGACAGUACAAUAUUUGUUCUAAACUUGAAAUUAACUUACAUUGUGCCACUGUUUGUUACCAGGCAACAGAAUCUCAGGGAUCAAGAAGAAUUAGGCUAUUACAUAUAAGAAUCUUACAUAUUGUAUGGGACAAAAACUAGCAGAAUGUGCCCAUCUGUAAGCUAAUAACAAAUUAAUAUGGUUUAAGCCACAGAGAACACAGAUGGAAAUAAAAUCUCCGUAGAGGUUCUAACCCUU